GCCGGUGCUGCUUCUGCCGCUCCCUCUGCCUUCCAAAUCAGUGGGGUUCUUCCCUGCCUAGCUUCCCUUUCUUCUAACUGCAGCAAGCCAUGAAUUUCAAGGAGCUGCCUUGCUGAUUUCACCUAACUUGAGGGCGUUCCUUUCCCGAGAGAGACACUGAAAAUGGGGCUUUUAAAAUAUUUUAAGCUUGUUAUCAAAAAAAUGCAGACUUACACAAAUGCUAAUCAUAGUUGCUUACUGUAUUGCACCCUACCUCCGCGUUUGGAAAUAAUGAAGACAUGGUGCAGCUGCCUGGCGGGAAGUUUCAGAUGGGAUUCAGUUCCCUGGAGAAGAGAAAUGAAGAGGGGCCUGUCAGGGAGGUGACAGUGAAGCCAUUUGCUGUCGACAAGUACCCCGUCACAAACAGGGAUUUCAGGGAGUUUGUUAGAGAAAAGAAAUACAAAACAGAAGCAGAAGCAUUUGGCUGGAGCUUUGUCUUUGAGGAUUUCGUAUCUGAAGAGCUGAAAAAAAAAGUCACCCAAAAACUGGAGUCUGCCCCUUGGUGGCUGCCCAUCGAGAAGGCUUUUUGGCGACAGCCCUCGGGUCCUGGCUCCAGCAUAAAGGACAGGCUGGAUUAUCCGGUGCUGCACGUGAGCUGGAACGACGCGCGAGCGUUCUGUGCCUGGAAAGGGAAGAGGCUCCUGGCAGAGGAGGAGUGGGAAUUUGCUGCCAGGGGAGGACUGGAGCAAAGGGUGUAUCCCUGGGGAAACAAGUUUCAGCCGAACCGUACAAAUCUGUGGCAGGGUGAUUUCCCAAGGGUCGACACAGCUGAAGAUGGUUAUCACGGCGUCUCGCCAGUGGCAGCAUUCCCUCCUCAGAACAACUAUGGGCUCUAUGACCUGCUGGGUAACACCUGGGAGUGGACUGCAUCGGAGUACCUGACUCCGGGGCCGUCAUCGAGGCAGCGUGCUCAGAACAUGCAGGUCCUGAGAGGUGCCUCAUGGAUUGACACCGCAGAUGGAUCUGCAAACCAUAAAGCUCGUGUUACUACCAGAAUGGGGAACACACCAGACUCAGCCUCUGACAACCUCAGCUUCCGCUGUGCUGCCGACGUCCCGCCUGUCAGGGCUGAGAAAAGCCGGACCAAACCCGAGCUCUGAGGUCACCAGGGAAGACUGGAAGGCAUUUUCUCCUGUGGAGAUGAACAGUAACCUCCAGCAGUCACUUUCAUUAAACCCAGGCACUUUUAAAAAUUAAAAAUAAAUACUUUCAGCUAAGA